GACUAUGUGUUGUGUGGGUUUCCAAAUCGUCGAAUUCCUUCUGAGCACUUCCAUUUCGUUGAAGCCCACCGUGCCGUGUUUUAUAAUGUAAAAAUCUCCUUUGGAUAAGGUCGGUGGGAAGCAGUCCUUCGGUGUGGACCUCCCUCCGUCUCCCGGGCGGAAGCGGAAGUAAGCGAACGGGGCAUCCACGUCCGCCAUCCAUGGCUGCCACAGAUCCCACGUCGUCAGCAGCCGCGACGGCUCACAGCGGCGGCCACCGAAGCCUCCUCCUACAACCUACCAUCUCGCUCCUCACCGGAGGCGCCGGAGACCAGGCAGAUACGCCUGGAGACGGAGUCAGCACUGGAGUGGGGCGGCGUGUGCGAGCGGCUGGCCCACUUCACCGCCACGCUGCGGGCCGCGCCGCCUGCGAGGGAGGGCGCGUCCCCGUCGGGCGGAGCCGGGAGGAGAGCGAGAGGCUGAUCGACCAGACGGCGGCGGCGGUGCUGCUUCCGACGCCGCUCGAUUUCGGCGGCGUCGAGGACGUGUCCGCGCUCGUCGCUGCGGCGGUCGCGGGCCGCGCGCUGGCGGUGAGGGAGCUUUGCGCAGUUGGGCGCAGCAUCCGUGCCGUGCGGGCAGUGUUCCACCAGUUGAAGAGGCUUGCCGAUGAAAUGCCGGAUGGAAGGUACUCUUCUCUUGUAGAUAUACUACAAGGUUGUGACUUCUUAACUGAGCUUGUUCAAAGGAUAGAGUUUUGCCUUGAUUCCACCCUUUCUCUUGUCCUGGAUCGGGCAAGCAAAAAACUAGAGAUAAUCCGCCGAGAAAGGAGGAGGAACAUCGAAAUGUUAGAAUCUCUACUAAAAGAUACAGCUGCAAAGAUUUUUCUAGCAGGUGGGAUUGAUAACCCUCUGGUCACCAAGCGCCGUUCUAGGAUGUGUGUUGGUGUGAAAGCUUCACACAAGCAUUUGAUGCCUGGUGGAAUCGUUCUAAGUUCCAGUGGCUCUGGCGCAACAUACUUUAUGGAGCCACAGGAUGCUGUUGAGCUCAACAACAGGGAAGUUAAACUCUCAGGAGAGGAGAGAGCAGAGGAACUGGUAGUAUUGAGCUUGCUUACCUCAAUGAUUGCAGACUCCCAACUGAAGAUCAGAAAUUUGAUGGACAAUGUUUUGGAAUUGGACCUUGCUUGUGCUAGAGGGUCGUAUGCCCUAUGGACAAACAGUGUCAGACCAACCUUCACUGAUAGUUAUACCAUUAGCCAAUCAGACCAGUGCAAUGACUAUUCAAUUUAUAUUGAGGGCAUUCGCCAUCCUCUUCUACUUGAACAGUCUCUUAUGGCAGAAGAAUCAACUACAGAAGCAUCUGAAAUGCCUGUUCCAUUGGACAUGUGGGUAAAAAAGAAUGCAAGGAUAGUUGUGAUCUCUGGACCUAACACUGGAGGCAAAACUGCCACUAUGAAGACCUUGGGGCUGUCCUCGCUUAUGUCAAAAGCUGGUAUAUUCUUCCCAGCCAAAGGAAGGCCUAGGAUUCCAUGGUUCGAUCAGGUUCUUGCAGAUAUUGGUGAUCACCAGUCGCUGGAGCACAGCCUCUCUACAUUCAGUGGGCACAUAUCACGUCUGCGCAAGAUUGUAGAAAUGGUAUCAAAAGAUUCUCUAGUUCUAAUUGAUGAGAUUGGCAGCGGCACUGAUCCAGCUGAAGGUGUAGCUCUUUCAACCAGCAUUUUGAAGUAUCUUGCAAGUAGAGUGAAUUUAGCAAUUGUGACAACUCAUUAUGCUGAUCUAAGUCGGCUCCAGUCAGUUGACAACCGAUUCGAGAAUGCUGCAAUGGAAUUUUGUGUAGAAACUCUACAACCAACAUACCGAAUCUUAUGGGGCAGUACUGGUAAUUCCAAUGCACUUAGCAUUGCAAAGUCAAUUGGUUUUGAUCAAAAAGUGCUUGAUCGCGCACAAGAAUGGGUUGAGAAACUACUGCCUGAUAAGCAAAAGGAGCGGCAAGGUUUACUUUAUGAUUCUCUCGUUGAUGAAAAAGAACUUUUGGAAUCCCAGGCAAAUGAAGCUGCAUCUGUUCUUUCACAGGUUGAGGGGUUGUACAAUGAGAUUCGCUUGGAAGCUGAUGAUCUCGAAAGCAGAGUAGCUGCAUUGAGAGCAAGAGAGACCCAAAAGGUACAACAGGAAUUGAAGGUUGUGAAGUAUCGGAUGGACACCAUAAUCAAGAACUUUGAAGCUCAGCUAAAGAAUUCAAAACUUGAACAAUACAAUUCGCUAAUGAGGAAAGCAGAGGCUGCCACUGCUUCCGUGGUUGCCGCUCAUCAGCCAAGCGAAAUAGCUUUCGAUGAUGACGAUGAAAACCGGAUCUCGUUCGUCUCACAAGUUGGAGACAAAGUGUAUGUUCAAGGGCUGGGAGGAGAAACGAUGGCUACCGUUGUCGAAACUCUCGGAGAAGAUGAGAGUUGUAUGGUUCAAUACGGAAAGAUAAAGGUUCGAGUCAAGAGAAGCAGGAUAAAACUGGUUCAAAGAGGCACAAAUAACGAGGCAACAACUUCCUCUUCUGUAAAAGCAAAGGGCCGAACACCGAAGCAGCGAUCGGCAACGACGACGGACGUCUCCUUCGGCCCCGUGGUGCAGACGUCCAAGAACACGGUGGAUCUGCGCGGUAAGCGGGUCAGCGAGGCGGCCUUCGAGCUCCGCAUGGCCGUCGACGCGUGCAGGCCGUACCAGGUGCUGUUCGUGGUCCAUGGCAUGGGCACCGGGGCGGUGAAGGACUGCGCCAUUGACGUCCUCCGGAAGCACCCUCGCGUGGCCAGGUUCGAGGACGAGAGCCCUCUCAACUACGGCUGCACCGUCGCCUACAUCCAGUGAACGGGUGGGUACAGACAGACUGUUUGGAACUGAACGCAGACAUUUCAGUACAGAAAUCAGUUUGGUUUUGCCUUGCCUACCAGCUCCCAGCGUGUCCUUGUCACAGACUCACAGUUGCGGAAUGCCAGUUGGGUGAGCUUUUUGCUAGUAGCUGAUCUGCGGGUGGAUCGGAUAAAUGGCCUUGGCAGUUGUGAUCAGUUCGGCCGGCGUCCUAUGCAUUGGCAUCGCAAAAUCACCAGCGGAAGCAAGGUGUGCGUGCACAUGCGCGCCUCUUCUUUCCAGCAGGAUUUUGUGUGGCGAGGGCUGAUGUGGCCAGGUUCGAGCCACGAGAGACAAAAUACUUGUGGCUCGUCAACUCGUUCUCGACUUGUUUUAGUUUUGUCACAAGUUAAGCUAGUAUCUUGGCUCGGUUUGUUACAAGCCAGCUCGAGUUAAGCUUGUUAGCUCGAAUGAUCUAGCAUUUGUAAGCAAAACAAAAGGCAUUCACAGAUGAACUAAUAAGUGAUAAACUGUAUUAAUUAGAUGUUGUAUUCAUGUGUUAUAUGAAAUUAUGAGUACUAUUACUCUUUUCGAGUGUUAAA